AGAUAAAUACUGAUAAGAGUUUUAAAAUUGCUUACCGAAGACAAGCUCUGAAGUGUCCUUGUGUUGGGUGACGUGAAAGAUAAGGUAACGAAUGCCGCAUGGUAUUGCUCUUAAUUUAAGCCACUGGUUUGGCUGAGCUGUGUUGUGGACUUUUUGCUGGGUCUUACUGUAACUUUACAUUUGUGAUAGAUAAUUUGAUGAGCUUAAUUGAUCCCUCUUUUGCAAAUGAAAUUAUGCAAGAAUUCGGUAACAAUUUGUUUGUUCGUCUUGGCUCUGUUGGGCCGUAUGGAAACACAUGGUUCCCUGGGAGCCAAUCAACCAGGUUCGAACCAAUCCAACGUGACGGUGGCAGCUGCACCGAGCCCUAGUUCCACAGCGGAUGGUUCAUCACCUCAAGACUACUUGCAUGUACACAACGCAGCUCGUGCAGCAGUCGGUGUUGGCCCCCUCACUUGGGACGAUGUGGUGGCAAGGUACGCAGCAGACCAUGCCAAACAGAGGAUAUCGCAGUGUGAGCUUGUGGAGUCUAGAGGGCCUUACGGUGAGAAUCUUGCAUGGAGCAAGAAUGACCUUUCUGGAUCCGAUGCUGUGAAAUUGUGGAUUGAUGAGAAGCACUACUAUGACUUUGAAUCAAAUAGCUGUAGUCCAGGCUAUGACUGUGCCUAUUAUACUCAAGUGAUUUGGAAAUAUUCAAUUCGUCUCGGAUGUGCAAAAGUGAGAUGUAAUAACGGGGGAACUUUUAUUGUUUGUAACUAUGACCCUCCAGCUAAGCAUCCAGAGAAUUGGUCACUCAUCGGAGCGAUCUCGCCAAGCCCUGCUGCUGAAUCAGAUUCCUUUGAUCGGAAUGACCUGAUGGGACUAGUGGUGGGGUUAAUUGUCGGAGCUUGUGCUUUGAUUGUUGUCCUAUGUUUGGGAUGUUGCUUCUGUUUAAGGAGAAAAAGAAACAAGGACAACUCCAAUGGAGACCAUGACAAUCAUGUAAUCAUCGGAGCAAUCUCGCCAAGCGCUGCUCCUGCACCACAUUCCUUUCCUUCAGAACACCCGAAAAGUAGGAAAAACAUUAGACGAUUAGCGGUGGGGCUAGUUGUUGGAGCUUCUGGUUUGAUUCUUGGCCUAGGUUUGUUAGUGGUGGGGUUAAUUGUUGGAGUUAGUGGUUUGAUUUUUGGCCUCGGUGUGUCCUUGUGGUUCUUUUUAAGGAGAUUAAGACGAGAGGACGACACCAACGUAGACAAUCACAAUAACGAAUCGGAUAUGUUCUUUCACGACAGCGACUUUCAACAUGGAGUGGCGCCGAGGAAAUUUUCCCUGGAAGAAUUAGCAAAAGUGACAAAUAUGUUCAAAGGUGAAAAGCUAGGAGAGGGAGGUUUUGGUGCAGUUUAUAGAGGGUACUUGAGGGACUGGGAUACCCAUGUUGCUGUUAAAAGGAUUUCAAAGGCCUCUAAACAAGGAAUCAAGGAAUAUGCAUCCGAAGUGAAGAUCAUUAGCCGAUUGAGACACAAGAAUCUGGUCAAGCUUAUUGGCUGGUGUCACGAAAAACGCGAGCUCCUACUCGUUUACGAGUUCAUGGCUAAUGGUAGCCUAGAUUCCCAUCUUUUCAAAGGCAAAAGCUUACUGAACUGGGAAGUGAGAUGCAAAAUCGUGCAGGACUUGGCGUCGGCUCUAUUGUAUCUACAUGAAGAAGGCGAUCAUUGCGUGCUACAUAGGGAUAUCAAAGCCAGCAACAUCAUGUUGGAUUCAAAUUUCAAUGCUAAACUCGGGGAUUUCGGGUUAGCUAGGCUAGUUGAUCAUGCAAAAGGUUCACAAACUACUCGAUUAGCCGGAACCAUCGGUUAUAUGGCACCGGAGUGCAUUUCUUCAGGAAAAGUUAGUAAGGAAUCAGAUGUCUAUAGCUUCGGCAUUGUGGCACUCGAAAUCGCGUGCGGUAGACGAUCAACAGAGCCUGAAUAUGAAGAGUCCAAGGCAUGGUUGGUGGCCUGGGUGUGGGAUUCAUAUGGAAACCAAAGGCUGCUUGAUGUUGCGGACCAGAAACUAUGCAUGGAGUUCGACGAUAAACAGAUCGAAUGCUUGUUGAUCGUCGGAUUGUGGUGUGUUCAUCCUGACCCGAGUUCAAGACCGUCAAUAAGGCAAGCUAUUCAGGUUCUUAACUUUGAGGCACCGUUGCCGGAACUUCCAAGUUCAAGGCCCAUUCCGACAUAUCAUGCACCAAAUACUUCUGAAGUUAGAGCAAGUGAGCCAUGUUUUUCAUGUUUAACUAUUACAAUCCCUCGUUAAAUAUAUGUAUAGAUAGGGGACUUGAAUAACUCCAUUAACUCUGCUUGUCAACACUCAUUUUCGCAACAUUUUCAAUAUAAAUGUCACAAAUUUCAUCCAUGUACUAAUAAAACCCAAAAAGAGUUUCUUGGAAUGUUUAUUUUCCCCUUAUAUUAUCAAUUUCGUUA